AUGUACCGCAUCGGCUGCGACGUCGGGGGCACCAACACUGACGCCGCCCUCCUCGACAUCUCUCGUCUAUCUUCCUCCUCAAAAGGCGUUCUCGCAACCCACAAGACCACGACAACUCCCAACGUCACCGACGGCAUCAGGACAGCCAUUGAGAAAGUCUUAGUAAAGUCCGGUGUCGAUCGGGAUGAAGUCAUUAAUGUCGCUAUUGGCACGACUCAUUUCGUGAAUGCGGUGGUUGAGGGGGAUGCGAGGAGAUUGGAUCGCGUGGCUUGUGUGAGGCUUUGUGGGCCAUACACGAGGAGCAUUCCUCCAUUUUCGGAUUAUCCUUAUGCGCUGAGGGAGAUUGUGGAAGGGCCGUGUUUUCACCUUGAUGGUGGGCUUGAGGUUGAUGGGAGAGAGAUUAAGCCGUUGAGUCCGGACCAGGUACGUGAGACGGCUGACGCUAUCUACAGUGCUGGUAUUCGUGCGGUUGCGAUUGUAGGUGUUUUUUCUGCUCUGGAUCACGAGGGUAUUCAUGAGGAACGUUGCAGGCAGCUCAUGCUUGAGAGCUAUCCUGAUCUAUUGAUUGUUACUUCGAAUACUAUUGGUGGUCCUGGCUUGCUCGUACGGGAGAACGCUACCAUACUCAAUGCGGCAAUCUUGAGAUUCGCUGGUCGUACGAUCCGGGGCUUUCGUCGAGCUAUGCACGAGUUGACUUUGACAUGUCCGCUGUUCUUGACGCAGAAUGAUGGCACGUUGAUUGAAGCUUCUGCAGCUGCAAAAUUGCCGAUCAAGACUUUUGCCAGUGGACCUACAAACAGCUUGAUGGGAGCGGCUUUUCUGCAAGGCCAUGGCACUCUGCAAGAUCUUAGAGACAAGCAGGUCCUUGUGGUCGAUAUCGGUGGCACAACAACUGACAUAUGUGCGCUGCUCCCAUCCGGCUUUCCACGUAAAGCAGCUAGCUCGGUCGAGAUUGGUGGAGUAAGAACGGCAUUUUCAAUGCCAGAAGUGUAUAGUAUCGGCCUAGGUGGUGGAACUCGUGUGCGUGCUGACGGUCGUGGCGAGGUUACCAUUGGGCCAGAUUCAGUCGGUCAUAACCUGGUACAAGAUGCACUUGUGUUCGGUGGUGAGACGCUUACCACGAGCGACAUCAUGGUGGCUGCUGGUGUCGCAAGGAUAGGGGAUGCAGAAAAAGUAACAGCACUUUCUAGAGAGCUUGUUGCUGCAGCCGUGGCUGGGAUAAAGCGAACGUUGGAGAAAGCCAUUGACAAGAUGAAAGUGUCUGCUUCGCCAGCAUUUGUCCUGCUUGUUGGUGGAGGUUCAGUUGUAUUUCCUCCAGACAUGAUCAUGGAGCAUAUUAAACCAAUACAUCACGAUUCUGCUAAUGCUGUUGGUGCCGCCAUCGCUAAAAUUGCUGGUGAGAUAGACGUGGUUGAGAUUCUUGCAGGUCGUGACGAAGAUCAAAUCCUAGAAAAUGCGAAACAGAAGGCGAUCGCUGCUGCAGUCGCUAGAGGUGCGUCUGAGGAGGACGUCACCAUUGCCGAGCUUAGCAAAAUUCCACUGCAGUAUGUCAACAACAAAGCGACCAGACUACUCGUCAAGGCUGUGGGCUCCUUGAAGACGAGGCCAGAUAGCAGCCAGAUCGUUGACAGUCAGUCGAUAGAUCUCGAUAUUAUGGAGACCGACACGUCUUCGGCGGAAGCCGAGCCUGGUUCACCUAGGAAGCUAGAAACAGCAGGCAUGGCACAGCCUUCUCUAGAGAUCGACUUAUCGAGCUAUCGUCCGAAGGUCCAUAGUGGUGUUUGGUACGUUUCCGCUAUCGAUGUCGAAUUUUGUGCUCUAGGCUGUGGUAUUCUAGGCACAGGAGGAGGAGGUUCGUCACACAAUGUAAUGCUAUAUGUGCUCGAUAUCAUCCGCACGCAGGGAGAAGGAGCAAUUCGUGUCAUGUCUCCAGAUGCGCUGAACGACGAUGAUAUUUGCGUGUUUGGGUCGGGGUAUGGAGCACCUAGUGUUAGUGAUGAGAGGCUACAAUCAGGCGAGGAGAUACCUGCAACCGUCGACGAGCUGAACAAAUUGCUUGGUCACAAAAGCUUCCAAGGUAUUGUGGCUGUCGAGAUAGGUGGUGGCAAUGGCAUUGUAACAUUCCCUACAAGUGCUAGGUUCUCUGUCCCUGUGAUCGACUGUGACUUGAUGGGAAGAGCUUAUCCAACAGCGGAGCACUGUACACCUUACGUAUACGGACAUCCCGUCAUGCCCGUUGCUAUGGCUGAUGCCAAAGGAAAUGUGAGCAUUGUCGUCAGAGCCGAGAACAACACAAAACUUGAGGGUAUGCUCAGAACAACCUGUGUCGAACUGGGUAAUGCCGUUGGAGUGACUGGAAAACCCUUAAUCGGAAGGGUAAUCAAAGAGUUUGCCAUUCCGAAUACUCUUUCUCAAGCCUGGUUCUUGGGACGAGCCGUGCAUCUUGCUCGACGAAACAAAAUCGACUUUAUUGAGGCCAUUGGUGAUGUCACACCAGUCAAAUUGCUAUACACAGGUAAGAUCGUGGAUGUGUCGCGAGACGUGUCUCGUGGCUAUACUGUUGGUAAAUGCACGAUAGCUCCAGUGUUGACUGAUGAGUUGCGAGGUGGAGUAAGGCACGAGACAACAAAGGGGAGUCGGAAUCUUAUCAUUACGUUUCAGAACGAAUACCUGAUUGCAUAUCUCGAAGAAGCCGAACCUGAGCAGAAGAGAGAGGUGCUUUGCGUGGUACCAGAUCUCAUAUCGAUUCUCGGCUCGAAUGGGGAGGCUUUGGGAAGUCCGGACCUGAGAUACGGUCUCCAGGUCAAGGUGAUAGGGAUGCCAGCGCACCCGCUUUGGACUGCAACAGAACAGGCAUUGAGAAUAGGGGGACCUGAGUUCUUCAAGCUUGACGUGCCUUGGAAGCCUCUGGGGGAAUACCAGAAACCGAAGAGUGUUAUAGACGUGUACAACGAGACAACAUAG